CUGAUCACCAACCAUAAGACGUUCGUCGCACCAUUCACAUCUGGCCAGCAAGCACAAACCAAGAAAGAGACCGACCCAUGGCGGCAUCCAAGUCCCAUCUCGCCUGCUUCUUCCUCGCCGUCGCCGUCCUGACUGCCGCCGCCGCGCCCGAGCCUUCGCUUUCGGCGGCCGUCACGGCCAGGGCCCCCGCUCCCUCCCCCAACGGCGACUUAGUAGCGAAACCAUCAUCAUGGUCAUGGUGCAUCAUCCCCUGCUUUUCGUUUAUACCACAGAUAUUGUGUAUACCACCCAUAUUCUGUCCACCGACGCCGCCACCACCGGCGCCGGCACCGCCGCCCCCGCCCACAUCGAAGCCUCAGCCGAAGGAGUGCCGGACGCCGCUGAUGGGGCUGAUGCCAUGCAAGGAUUUCCUCACCAACAGCGCCGCGCCGGAGCCUCCGAAGCAGGGCAAGUGCUGCGACGGCCUCAGGUCGCUCGUCCAAGACGCUCCCAUCUGCCUCUGCCGCAUACUGGAGGGCACCGACCUCGACAAGCUCAUGUCUGCGACCGUGGAUAGAGAGAAAUUCAUUCGGACGAUGAUCAUCUGCGACUCGAGCCCCGGUGAAUUUGGUUCUUGUGAAGGACCCGUGCCACCGAUGAGGGCCGCACCUACCCCUAAAGCUGCUCCAUAAUCGGGCAAGUCAGAGCCAUCGUCCUCGUACGUAAUAGCAGCAUUACAGAAACAAGAUGCAUGUGCGGAAGCUGAAGAUGCCGUAUGUCAAGAUCCGUUAGCAUCAUUUUUAGAAGAGAGUGCUAGUUCUUAGUUCGAUUUAGGGAGAAUGUGUAGCUUCAUUUGUGACAAGACAUUAUUUGUCACCGUCCAACUAUAUGUUUCUUUACGAAAGUGUGCAACCGUUGCUAUGUGUUUGAUUAA